AUGGACCCUCUCAUAGGUCAGAACACACAAACACACGACUGACACACAUCUGCCUUGGUCAUGUGAUACUCUGGUGGUCACAGUUUUGGUAACACUUUUUGCCUAAAUUAGAGUCCAUAGGUUGUUAGGCUUCAGAUCAUAUACCAUAUAUAUAUAUAUAUAUAUAUAUAUAUAUAUAUAUAUAUAUUAAUGUUGUUAUUUUGUAUGUGUCUGUGUGUGUGUGUGUGAGUGUGUGUUAGCCAACAACUCUGGUGUGAGUAAGCGUCAGAUCACAGACCUUGUGGACCAGAGCAUCCAGAUCAACACACACUGCUUCGUGGUUACCGCUGACAACCGCUACAUCCUGGUCUGUGGCUUCUGGGACAAGAGCUUCAGAGUCUACUCCACUGAGACAGGUACACUAUCAUAGUACUACUACAAUACUACUACAAUACUACUAUAGUACUACUACAAUACUACUAUAAUACUACUAUAGUACUACUAUACUAUAUACUAUCUAUACUGGGACUUCAGAGUCUACUCCACUGAGACAGGUACACUAUCAUAGUACUACUACAAUACUACUACAAUACUACUAUAGUACUACUACAAUACUACUAUAAUACUACUAUAGUACUACUAUACUAUAUACUAUCUAUACUGGGACUUCAGAGUCUACUCCACUGAGACAGGUAACACUAUCAUAGUACUACUACAAUACUACUAUAGUACUAAUAUACUAUAUACUCUCUAUACUGGGACUUCAGAGUCUAUCCACUGAGACAGGUACAUGCCACAAUACUACUAGAAUACUACUAUAGUACUACUAUAGUACUACUAUACUAUAUACUAUCUAUACUGGGACUUCAGAGUCUACUCCACUGAGACAGGUAACACUAUCAUAGUACUACUACAAUACUACUAUAGUACUACUAUACUAUAUACUAUCUAUACUGGGACUUCAGAGUCUACUCCACUGAGACAGGUAUUACAAAUACAAGAAACAAUACUAUGCCACACUACGUCACUAUUCAUUUCUUUCUACCUGAGUGAGAGAUAUAAUACAGUUUGGCUCAUUAUGUCAAAACUCAACACACCAGCCAAUCAGACAUAAGCACAACUCACAUAUAUGACAAAAUGAAACACUGCAAUCAAAACUUAACACUCCUUUCUAAAAAUGAAAUUCUUGCAACAAAACCAUACACACAAGCAACAUUUGAAUGACUCUUUCAUAUCAGCAGCAACACACUGAUGGGCUUUAUAUAAAACACUGCAGUCUUUGAGUUUCUGUUUUUAUUGUCAUUUUAUUGUCAUUGUCUUCUGUAAAACUCAAAAGGAGAAUUUCUGCAGUAAUCAAACAGUUUUUACAACCAAAAAAAAACAUUCUUACAGAAAUUAUUAACAUCAAAUUUAGCAACAAAACAAAAGUAAAAAAAAAAAAAACCAUUACUGGAUAAAUUGGAGGAAAAAACAUAUACUUAUGUGUGUGUGCGUGUGCGUGUGUGUGGUGGGGGGCGGGGGGGGGGCUUAUGGAUCACGCCUUCUGUUCGGAUCUGGCCACAAGACCUCGUCAACAUCACAGGCGAUGUCCUCGCGGGCCUUGUGUGCCGAAUCCACCCUUGGAUUGAUUCCACCUCAACGUCUCCACAUGCCUCUUCCAUUGCUUGCAGAAGAGUCAUUACAUUUACAUUUACAUUUUAGUCAUUUAGCAGACGCUCUUAACCAGAGCGACUUACAGGAGCAAUUAGGGUUAAGUGCCUUGCUCAAGGGCACAUUAACGUCAUUUAGCAGACGCUCUUAGCCAGAGCGACUCACAAAUGCGGGCAUGUGGUUGCCGAUCAUAUACUUUCCACCGCCACGCUGAAAAUAAUUCCUCGAUUGCAUUUAGAAAAGGGCUGUAAGGGGGCAGGUAUAAAACUGUGAAAUGAUUAUGGUUGUUGAACCAAUCUCGGACCAGAGCAGCCCGGUGGAAACUAACAUUAUCCCAGAUGACAACAAACCUGGGCUGCUGUGAUCUGUCCUGCACAACUGCAUGUAGUGCAUCUAGAAAUGCAAUGAUCUGUCCUGUAUUGUAGGGACCUAGAGUGGCAUGAUGAUGCAGGACUCCUUGGACACUAAUUGCAGCACACAAGGUGAUAUCUUCCCCCACGCUGCCCAGGGACAUUUACAACAGCCCUUUGUCCAACUACGUUACGGCCCCCGAUGCCUAGUUUCGGACAGAUUGAAGCCUGCCUCAUCCACGUAGAUGAACUCAUGCGGCAGUUCGGCGGCAUCAAACUCCAGAACUGUCUGUAACAGAAAAUAUUGAAUAGUGUUACUGAAAACACAUGCAGUAACUACAAUGUCUAUAUUUUCACACAAGUAGGAGCUGGGUUGGGUGAGUCUAGACAAAAACUACAAGCUACAGGCAGGGCAGGUGGCAGCAUAAACCCUCAUUCCCACAUCACAAUAUAUAGUAUGUAAAGUAAAGUGACACAUACAGUGGGGAAAAAAAGUAUUUAGUCAGCCACCAAUUGUGCAAGUUCUCCCACUUAAAAAGACGAGAGAGGCCUUUAAUUUUCAUCAUAGGUACACGUCAACUAUGACAGACAAAAUGAGAGAAAAUUUUUCCUGAAAAUCACAUUGUAGGAUUUUUUAUGAAUUUAUUUGCAAAUUAUGGCGGAAAAUAAGUAUUUGGUCAAUAACAAAAGUUUCUCAAUACUUUGUUAUAUACCCUUUGUUGGCAAUGACACAGGUCAAACGUUUUCUGUAAGUCUUCACAAGGUUUUCACACACUGUUGCAGGUAUUUUGACCCAUUCCUCCAUGCAGAUCUCCUCUAGAGCAGUGAUGUUUUGGGGCUGUCAACUUUCAACUCCCUCCAAAGAUUUUCUAUGGGGUUGAGAUCUGGGGACUGGCUAGGCCACUCCAGGACCUUGAAAUGCUUCUUUCGAAGCCACUCCUUCGUUGCCCGGGCGGUGUGUUUGGGAUCAUUGUCAUGCUGAAAGACCCAGCCACGUUUCAUCUUCAAUGCCCUUGCUGAUGGAAGGAGGUUUUCACUCAAAAUCUCACGAUACAUGGCCCCAUUCAUUAUUUCCUUUACACGGAUCAGUCGUCCUGGUCCCUUUGCAGAAAAACACCCCCAAAGCAUGAUGUUUCCACCCCUAUGCUUCACAGUAGGUAUGGUGUUCUUUGGAUGCAACUCAGCAUUCUUUGUCCUCCAAACACGAUGAGUUGAGUUUUUACCAAAAAGUUAUAUUUUGGUUUCAUCUGACCAUAUGACAUUCUCCCAAUCCUCUUCUGGAUCAUCCAAAUGCACUCUAGCAAACUUCAGACGGGCCUGGACAUGUACUGGCUUAAGCAGGGGGACACGUCUGGCACUGCAGGAUUUGAGUCCCUGGCAGCGUAGUUUGUUACUGAUGGUAGGCUUUGUUACUUUGGUCCCAGCUAUCUGCAGGUCAUUCACUAGGUCCCCCCGUGUGGUUCUGGGAUUUUUGCUCACUGUUCUUGUGAUCAUUUUGACCCCACGGGGUGAGAUCUUGCGUGGAGCCCCAGAUCGAGGGAGAUUAUCAGUGGUCUUGUAUGUCUUCCAUUUCCUAAUAAUUGCUCCCACAGUUGAUUUCUUCAAACCAAGCUGCUUACCUAUUGCAGAUUCAGUCUUCCCAGCCUGGUGCAGGUCUACAAUUUUGUUUCUGGUGUCCUUUGACAGCUCUUUGGUCUUGGCCAUAGUGGAGUUUGGAGUGUGACUGUUUGAGGUUGUGGACAGGUGUCUUUUAUACUGAUAACAAGUUCAAACAGGUGCCAUUAAUACAGGUAACGAGUGGAGGACAGAGGAGCCUCUUAAAGAAGAAGUUACAGGUCUGUGAGAGCCAGAAAUCUUGCUUGUUUGUAGGUGACCAAAUACUUAUUUCCCACCAUAAUUUGCAAAUAAAUUCAUAAAAAAUCCUACAAUGUGAUUUUCUUGAUUUUUUUCCCCUCAAUUUGUCUGUCAUAGUUGACGUGUACCUAUGAUGAAAAUUACAGGCCUCUCUCAUCUUUUUAAGUGGGAGAACUUGCACAAUUGGUGGCUGACUAAAUACUUUUUUCCCCCACUGUACCUGCACAUAAUCGUGGCGCAGAUCCUUGACCCUGACACUGUUCCUCUCAAAAGGCACCCCUGUACAGCUGCUUCAUUCUGAAGUUAUGUUUCUGUAGGACGCGACUUAGUGUAGAAAUGCUGACCCCUGUUGAUAUUGUUGAAUUCAUUGCCAUUUGCAAUUAUGCGUUGUUGCAACUCACAAAGUCGGAUUGCAUUAUUUUCUCGCACCAUUUUCAAUGAUGGCAAGCUCUUGUUGUUGAGUGAAGAGCCGUUUCCCUUCCACCUUGAGGAGGUCGUCCAACCAUUCUGUAGAAAAUGCCACCACAAGAUGUCAUUGGUUAGGUUAUUUUUCACAUGCUGUACUUUCAAACUGAACACAGUACUGCAACAUCACAAUGGUAUUCCUUUAAAUAUACAGUACUUCACAGCACUACCCAUUUUUCUAUAGUAUAGUUAGUACAGUAAUACUGUAAUAUGAUACAGAAUCAUGUGACACAUACAGUAGGUACAGUCUGGAGUAGAAACUUGAAGAUAUACCUGUUCUCCAGUCGGAAUGUCCUUAUUAUCGAUGCUACUGUGUAGCGACUGAGGUUAGGGUGGACUCUUUGCCCAGCCUCCCUCAUGGACAGGCCAUGAUCUAUCACAUGGUCCACCAUAGUAGCCCUGAUUUCAUCUGAUAUACGUCUCCGCACUGGUCCUCGUCCUCUUCCACGUCCUCGUCCUCUCUCUCUUUGUCCUCCUCUUACUCUGACUCUCAUUGCCUCCAUGCUUGCAAAGUUCUAAAAAUGGCUUACCUGAGGCCUAUUUGUAGUGCUAAGGCUCAGACUGAUUGGUGUUCUGUUUUCUGUGCAAGUGUUUUCAGGUGUGUAUGUAAGUGCAUACAAUUGCCAGAUGAGUUUUUGCAUUUUGAACAGAGUGUUUUCCCCAAUGAUAACAGGUGAUUUCGUUUUUGAACAAAGUGUCUAAUGUAAGAAAACGUGUGUAGUGUUUCGCAAUAAGUGUGUUACAGAAUUGCAAACAAAGUGCAAAGUUGACAUUGUGUUUAAGCUAUGGUUACACUGUGUUUAAGGUAUGGUUACACUGUGUUUAAGGUAUGGUUACACUGUGUUUAAGCUAUGGUUACACUGUGUUUAAGCUAUGGUUACACUGUGUUUAAGCUAUGGUUACACUGUGUUUAAGCUAUGGUUACGCUGUGUUUAAGGUAUGGUUACACUGUGUUUAAGCUAUGGUUACACUGUGUUUAAGCUAUGGUUACACUGUGUUUAAGGUAUGGUUACACUGUGUUUAAGGUAUGGUUACACUGUGUUUAAGCUAUGGUUACAUUGUGUUUAAGGUAUGGUUACACUGUGUUUAAGGUAUGGUUACACUGUGUUUAAGCUAUGGUUACAUUGUGUUUAAGGUAUGGUUACACUGUGUUUAAGGUAUGGUUACACUGUGUUUAAGGUAUGGUUACACUGUGUUUACGGUAUGGUUACACUGUGUUUAAGCUAUGGUUACAUUGUGUUUAAGGUAUGGUUACACUGUGUUUAAGGUAUGGUUACACUGUGUUUAAUAUGGUUACACUGUGUUUAAGCUAUGGUUACACUGUGUUUAAGGUAUGGUUACACUGUGUUUAAGCUAUGGUUACACUGUGUUUACGGUAUGCUACAAGACGUUUAGGUAUUGAGGCUUUGGUCUAAGCAUUCGGUUUUAGUGUGUAACAAUGGGCAAAAACUGUAUUACUACUUUACUACUACAAUACCUCUACAUUAUUCCUCAAUACGUCUACAUUAUUCCUCAAUACGUCUACAUUAUUCCUCAAUACGUCUACAUUAUUCCUCAAUACGUCUAUAUUAUUCCUCAAUACUUCUACAUUAUUCCUCGAUACGUCUACAUUAUUCCUCAAUACGUCUACAUUAUUCCUCGAUACGUCUACAUUAUUCCUCAAUACUUCUACAUUAUUCCUCGAUACGUCUACAUUAUUCCUCAAUACGUCUACAUUAUUCCUCAAUACGUCUACAUUAUUCCUCAAUACGUCUACAUUAUUCCUCGAUACGUCUACAUUAUUCCUCGAUACGUCUACAUUAUUCCUCAAUACGUCUACAUUAUUCCUCAAUACGUCUACAUUAUUCCUCAAUAAGUCUACAUUAUUCCUCAAUACUUCUACAUUAUUCCUCGAUACCUCUACAUUAUUCCUCAAUAAGUCUACAUUAUUCCUCGAUACCUCUACAUUAUUCCUCAAUACGUCUACAUUAUUCCUCGAUACGUCUACAUUAUUCCUCAAUACCUCUACAUUAUUCCUCAAUAUGUCUACAUUAUUCCUCAAUACGUCUACAUUAUUCCUCAAUAUGUCUACAUUAUUCCUCAAUACGUCUACAUUAUUCCUCAAUACGUCUACAUUAUUCCUCGAUACGUCUACAUUAUUCCUCAAUAUGUCUACAUUAUUCCUCAAUACGUCUACAUUAUUCCUCGAUACGUCUACAUUAUUCCUCGAUACGUCUACAUUAUUCCUCAAUACGUCUACAUUAUUCCUCAAUACGUCUACAUUAUUCCUCGAUACGUCUACAUUAUUCCUCAAUACGUCUACAUUAUUCCUCAAUACGUCUGCAUUAUUCCUCAAUACGUCUAAAUUAUUCCUCUAUACGUCUACAUUAUUCCUCGAUACGUCUACAUUAUUCCUCAAUACGUCUACAUUAUUCCUCAAUAAGUCUACAUUAUUCCUCAAUACUUCUACAUUAUUCCUCGAUACCUCUACAUUAUUCCUCAAUACGUCUACAUUAUUCCUCGAUACCUCUACAUUAUUCCUCAAUACGUCUACAUUAUUCCUCGAUACGUCUACAUUAUUCCUCAAUACCUCUACAUUAUUCCUCAAUAUGUCUACAUUAUUCCUCAAUACGUCUACAUUAUUCCUCAAUAUGUCUACAUUAUUCCUCAAUACGUCUACAUUAUUCCUCAAUACGUCUACAUUAUUCCUCGAUACGUCUACAUUAUUCCUCAAUAUGUCUACAUUAUUCCUCAAUACGUCUACAUUAUUCCUUGAUACGUCUACAUUAUUCCUCGAUACGUCUACAUUAUUCCUCAAUACGUCUACAUUAUUCCUCAAUACGUCUACAUUAUUCCUCGAUACGUCUACAUUAUUCCUCAAUACGUCUACAUUAUUCCUCAAUACGUCUGCAUUAUUCCUCAAUACGUCUAAAUUAUUCCUCUAUACGUCUACAUUAUUCCUCAAUACGUCUACAUUAUUCCUCAAUACGUCUACAUUAUUCCUCAAUACGACGACAUUAUUCCUCAAUACGUCGACAUUAUUCCUCAAUACGUCGACAUUAUUCCUCAAUACGUCUACAUUAUUCCUCAAUACGUCGACAUUAUUCCUCAAUACGUCUACAUUAUUCCUCAAUACGUCUACAUUAUUCCUCAAUACGUCUACAUUAUUCCUCAAUACGUCGACAUUAUUCCUCAAUACGUCUACAUUAUUCCUCAAUACGUCUACAUUAUUCCUCAAUACGUCUACAUUAUUCCUCAAUACGUCUACAUUAUUCCUCAAUACGUCGACAUUAUUCCUCAAUACGUCUACAUUAUUCCUCAAUAGUCGACAUUAUUCCUCAAUACGUCUACAUUAUUCCUCAAUACGUCUACAUUAUUCCUCAAUACGUCUACAUUAUUCCUCAAUACGUCGACAUUAUUCCUCAAUACGUCUACAUUAUUCCUCAAUACAUCUACAUUAUUCCUCAAUACGUCUACAUUAUUCCUCAAUACGUCUACAUUAUUCCUCAAUACGUCUACAUUAUUCCUCAAUACCUCUACAUUAUUCCUCAAUAAGUCUACAUUAUUCCUCAAUACGUCUACAUUAUUCCUCACCCUCCUCCCUGUAGGUAAGUUGACCCAGAUAGUGUUUGGGCACUGGGACGUGGUGACGUGCCUGGCCCGGUCAGAGAGCUACAUCGGAGGGGACUGCUACAUCGUGUCAGGGUCCAGAGACGCUACCCUGCUGCUGUGGUACUGGAGUGGACGACAUCACAUCAUCGGAGACAACCCCAACAACAGUAAGUCUGUGUUUGUUUGGAGGGGGGGGGGGGGGGGUUGUGUGGUACAUAACAAGAUACUUCAUCUAAGAGGUGAAAGGGAGAGCAUACCACCUACAUGUCCUGUCCUUUUUUCAAUAUUAUCUGCACAUUAAUCUCUUGCCUUUACAAUAAUCUCCAAUGAUCAUUUUGAACUCCCUGUACAGAUACUUUUCCUGUUUUUAAUCAUCUGCUCUUUGUGUGUCACAUUCUAUUUAAAGUGUAUUUAACAACAAAGCCUCAAGACUUUACUUUACAGAAAACAUUUAAAUUAAUAAAUAUGUUUCCUAGGUGACUACCCUGCUCCGAGAGCUGUGCUGACGGGUCAUGACCAUGAGGUGGUGUGUGUGUCCGUUUGCGCUGAGCUGGGACUGGUCAUCAGUGGGGCCAAAGGUCAGUGUGUGUGUGUGAGUCUGUGUUUGUUUGUGUGUGUGCGUGCGCGUACAUGCCAGUGUGUAUGUGUGUUUCUAAAUCUCCAUCUCUCCCUUCCCUCCCUCCCCUCCCGCCCCCCACCUUCCUCCAGAGGGUCCAUGCCUGGUCCAUACUAUAACAGGGGACCUGCUGCGGGCCCUGGAGGGCCCAGAGUUGUGCCUGAGGCCCCGCCUCAUCUCUGUGUCCAGUGAAGGCCACUGUAUCAUCUGUUAUGAGAGAGGACGCUUCUGUAACUUCAGCAUCAACGGGAAACUACUGGCUCAAAUGGAGGUCAACGACUCUACACGGGUAAGAGCACAGAUACAGUAUAUAUAUUCUAUAUUAUAUCAGUAAUAUAUAUUAUAUCAGUAUCAUAUAUUAUAUAUUAUAUCAGUAUUAUAUAUUAUAUCAGUAUUAUAUAUUAUAUCAGUAGUAUAUAUUCUAUAUUAUGUCAGUAUUAUAUAUUAUAUAUUAUAUCAGUAUUAUAUAUUAUAUCUGUAUAUUAUAUCUGUAGUAUAUAUUAUAUCAGUAUCAUGUAUUAUAUAUUUUAUCAGUAUUAUGUAUUAUAUCAGUAUUAUAUAUUACAGUGCCUUUCGGAAAGUAUUCAGACCCCUUGACUUUUUUCAUAUUUUGUUAUUUAAAGUAAAAAACUGAAAUAUACAUUUACAUAAGUAUUCAGACCAUUUACUCAAUACUUUGUUGAAGACCCUUCGGCAGCGAUUACAGCAUUGAGUCUUCUUGGGUAUGACGCUACAAGCUUGGCACACCUGUAUUUGGGGAGUUUCUCCCAUUCUUCUCUGCAGAUUCUUUCAAGCUCUGUCAGGUUGGAUGGGGAGCGUUGCUGCACAGCUAUUUUCAGGUCUCCAGAGAUGUUCGAUUGGGUUCAAGUCCGGGCUCUGGCUGGGCCACUCAAGGACAUUCAUGGCUGUGUGCUUAGGGUCGUUGUCCUGUUGCAAGGUGAACCUUCACCCCAGUCUGAGGUCCUGAGCGCUCUGGAGCAGGUUUUCAUCAAGGAUCUCUCUGUACGUUGCUCCAUUCAUCUUUGCCUCAAUCCUGACUAAUCUCCCAGUCUCUUCUGCUGAAAAACAUCCCUACAGCAUGAUGCUGCCACCACCAUGCUUCAUGUAUGGUGCCAGGUUUCCUCCAGACGUGACGCUUGGCAUUCAGGCCAAAGAAUUCAAUCUUGAUUUCAUCAGAACAGAGAAUCUUGUUUCUCAUGGUCUGAGAGUCUUUAGGUGCCUUUUGGCAAACUCCAAGCGGGCUGUCAUGUGCCUUUUACUGAGGAGUGGCUUUCGUCUGGCCACUCUACCAUAAAGGCCUGAUUGGUGGAGAGCUGCAGAGAUGGUUGUCCUUCUCCACAGAGGAACUCUAGAGCUCUGUCAGUGACCAUCGGGUUCUUGGUCACCUCCCUGACCAAGGCCCUUCUCCCCCGAUUGCUCAGUUUGGCCGGGCGGCCAGCACAAGGAGGAGUCUUGGUGGUUCCAAACUUUUUCCAUUUAAGAAUUAUGGAGGCCACUGUGUUCUUGGGGACCUUCAAUGCUGCCCUUCCCCAGAUCUGUGCCUCCACACAAUCCUGUCUCGGAGAUCUAUGGACAAUUCCUUCGACCUCAUGGCUUGGUUUUUGCUCUGACAUGCACUGUCAACUGUGGGACCUUAUACAGUGAGGGAAAAAAGUAUUUGAUCCCCUGCUGAUUUUGUACGUUUGCCCACUGAGAAAGACAUGAUCAGUCUAUAAUUUUAAUGGUAGGUUUAUUUGAACAGUGAGAGACAGAAUAACAACAAAAUAAUCCAGAAAAACGCAUGUCAAAAAUGUUAUAAAUUGAUUUGCAUUUUAAUGAGGAAAAUAAGUAUUUGACCCCUCUGCAAAACAUUACUUAAUACUUGGUGGCAAAACCCUUGUUGGCAAUCACAGAGGUCAGACGUUUCUUGUAGUUGGCCACCAGGUUUGCACACAUCUCAGGAGGGAUUUUGUCCCACUCCUCUUUGCAGAUCUUCUCCAAGUCAUUAAGGUUUCGAGGCUGACGUUUGGCAACUCGAACCUUCAGCUCACUCCACAGAUUUUCUAUGGGAUUAAGGUCUGGAGACUGGCUAGGCCACUCCAGGACCUUAAUGUGCUUCUUCUUGAGCCACUCCUUUGUUGCCUUGGCCGUGUGUUUUGGGUCAUUAUCAUGCUGGAAUACCCAUUUUCAAUGCCCUGGCUGAGGGAAGGAGGUUCUCACCCAAGAUUUGACGGUACAUGGCCCCGUCCAUCGUCCCUUUGAUUUGGUGAAGUUGUCCUGUCCCCUUAGCAGAAAAACAACCCCAAAGCAUAAUGUUUCCACCUCCAUGUUUGACGGUGGGGAUGGUGUUCUUGGGGUCAUAGGCAGCAUUCCUCCUCCUCCAAACACGGAGAGUUGAGUUGAUGCCAAAGAGCUCGGUUUUGGUCUCAUCUGACCACAACACUUUCACCCAGUUCUCCUCUGAAUCAUUUUGAUGUUCAUUGGCAAACUUCAGACGGGCCUGUAUAUGUGCUUUCUUGAGCAGGGGGACCUUGCGAGCGCUGCAGGAUUUCAGUCCUUCAAGGCGUAGUGUGUUACCAAUUGUUUUCUUGGUGACUAUGGUUCCAGCUGCCCUGAGAUCAUUGACAAGAUCCUCCCGUGUAGUUCUGGGCUGAUUCCUCACCGUUCUCAUGAUCAUUGCAACUCCACGAGGUGAGAUCUUGCAUGGAGCCCCAGGCCAAGGGAGAUUGACAGUUAUUUUGUGUUUCUUCCAUUUGCAAUUAAUCGCACCAACUGUUGUCACCUUCUCACCAAGCUGCUUGGCGAUGGUCUUGUAGCCCAUUCCAGCCUUGUGUAUGUCUACAAUCUUGUCCCUGACAUCCUUGGAGAGCUCUUUGGUCUUGGCCAUGGUGGAGAGUUUGGAAUCUGAUUGAUUGAUUGCUUCUGUGGACAGGUGUCUUUUAUACAGGUAACAAGCUGAGAUUAGGAGCACUCCCUUUAAGAGUGUGCUCCUAAUCUCAGCUCAUUACCUGUAUAAAAGACACCUGGGAGCCAGAAAUCUUUCUGAUUGAGAGGGGGUCAAAUACUUAUUUCCCUCAUUAAAAUGCAAAUCAAUUUAUAACAUUUUUGACAUCCGUUUUUCUGGAUUUUGUUGUUGUUAUUCUGUCUCUCACUGUUCAAAUAAACCUACCAUUAAAAUUAUAGACUGAUCAUGUCUUUGUCAGUGGGCAAACGUACGAAAUCAGCAGGGGAUCAAAUACUUUUUUCCCUCACUGUAUAGACAGUUGUGUGCCUUUCUAAAUAAUGUCCAAUCAAUUGAAUUUACCACAGGUGGACUCCAAUCAAGUUGUAGAAACAUCUCAAGGAUGAUCAAUUGUGUGCAGAUUGCUGAGGACUUUUAUUUAUUUAAUCAAUUUUAGAAUAAGGCUGUAACUUAACAAAAUGUGGAAAAAGUCAAGAGGUCUGAAUACUUUCCGAAGGCACUGUAUAUCGGUAUUAUAUAUCAUAUCAGUAUUAUAAACUAUAUCAGUAUCAUAUAUUAUAUAUUAUAUCAGUAUUAUAUAUUAUCUCAGUGUUAUAUAUUAUAUAUUAUAUCAGUGGUAUACAGUUGAAGUCAGAAGUUUACAUAAACUUAGGUUGGAAUCAUUAAAACUUGUUUUUCAACAACUCCACAAAUUUCUUGUUAACAAACUAUAGUUUUGGCAAGUCGGUUAGGACAUCUACUUUGUGCAUAACACAAGUAAUUUUUCCAACAAUUGUUUACAGACAGAUUAUUUCACUUAUAAUUCACUGUAUCACAAUUCCAGUGGGUCAGAAGUUACACUAAAUUGACUGUGCCUUUAAACAGCUUGGGAAAAUCCAGAAUAUGAUGUCAUGGUUUUAGAAGCUUCUGAUAGGCUAAUUGACAUCAUUUGAGUCAAUUGGAGGUGUACCUGUGGAUGUAUUUCAAGGCCUACCUUCAAACUCAGUGCCUCUUUGCUUGACAUCAUGGGAAAAUCAAAAGAAAUCAGCCAAGACCUCAGAAAAACAAUUGUAGACUUCCACAAGUCUGGUUCAUCCUUGGGAACAUUUCCAAAUGCCUGAAGUUACCACUUUCAUCUGUACAAACAAUAGUACGCAAGUAUAAACACCAUGGGACCAUGCAGCCGUGAUACCGCUCAGGAAGGAGACGUGUUCUGUCUCCUAGAGAUGAAUGUACUUUGGUGUGAAAAGUGCAAAUCAAUCCCAGAACAACAGCAAAGGACUUGUGAAGAUGCUGGACGAAACAGGUGCAAAAGUAUCUACAUCCACAGUAAAACGAGUUCUAUAUCGACAUAACCUGAAAGGCCGCUCAGCAAGGAAGAAGCCACUGCUCCAAAACUGCCAUAAAAAAGCCAGACUACGGUUUGCAACUGCACAUGGGGACAAAGAUCGUACUUUUUUGAGAAAUGUCCUCUGGUCUGAUGAAACAAAAAUAGAACUGUUUGGCCAUUGUGACCAUCGUUAUCUUUGGAGGAAAAAGUGGGUUGCUUGCAAGCCGAAGAACACCAUCCCAACCGUGAAGCACGGGGGUGGCAGCAUCAUGCUGUGGGGGUGCUUUGCUGCAGGAGGGACUGGUGCACUUCACAAAAUAGAUGGCAUCAUGAGGAAGGAAAAUUAUAUGGAUAUAUUGAAGCAACAUCUCAAGACAUCAGUCAGGAAGUUAAAGCUUGGUUGCAAAUGGGGACUUCCAAAUGGACAAUGCAUACUUCCAAAGUUGUGGCAAAAUGACUUAAGGACAACAAAGUCAAGGUAUUGGAGUGGCCAUCACAAAGCCCUGACCUCAAUCCUAUAGAAAAUGUGUGGGCAGAACUGAAAAAGCGUGUGCGAGCAAGGAGGCCUACAAACCUGACUCAGUUACACCAGCUCUGUCAGGAGGAAUGGGCCAAAAUUCACUCAACUUAUUGUGGGAAGCUUGUGGAAGGCUACCCAAAACGUUUGACCCAAGUUAAACAAUUUAAAGGCAAUACUACCAAAUACUAAUUGAGUGUAUGUAAACUUCUGACCCACUGGGAAUGUGAUGAAAGAAAUAAAAGCUGAAAUAAAUAAUUAUCUUUACUAUUUAUCUUACAUUUCACAUUCUUAAAAUAAAGUGGUGAUCCUAACUGACCUAAGACAGGGAAUUUUUACUAGGAUUAAAUGUCAGGAAUUGUGAAAAACUGAGUUUAAAUGUAUUUGGCUAAGGUGUUUGUAAAAUUCAGACUUCAACUGUAUAUUAUGUAUUAUAUCAGUAUCAUAUAUUAUAUUAGUAUUUUAUAUUAUAUCAGUAUUAUAUAUUAUAUCAGGGUUAUAUCAGUAUUAUAUAUUAUAUCAGUAUUAUACAUUAUAUUAGUAUUAUAUAUUAUAUUAUAUCAGUAUUAUAUAUUAUAUCAGUAUUAUAUCAGUAUUAUAUCAGUAUUAUAUAUUAUAAACUACUGGCUCAGAGGCCAACGACUCUACACUCUUAGAAGAAAAGGUGCUAAGUAUAACUAUACAGGGUUCUUCGGUUUGUCCCCAUAGGGGAACCCUUUUUGGUGCUGGAUAGAACCCUUUGCAGAGAGUUCUACCUAGAACCCUCUAUGUAGGGUUCUUCAAAGAACCCCCUGUAAAUGGUUCUACCUAGAACCCUCUAUGAACGGUUCCACCAGCCUUAUUAGCCUUUAACAUUUUGAUUUAUUUUAUUUUAUGAUGAUUUAUGAUUUAUGACAAUACAUUACAUACUGUAUAUCAUAAGGCCUUUAUUUGAGGGCCUAGUUAUACCUUAAAACUGUGGUGUUAGGAAACUCCUGGUUUACAGGCCACAUCAGGCCUUCAAGUCACAUUAUGCUGGCAUGCAAAGUGAUGUUUAAGUUAGGAUAUCCAACAAGUGUACACAUGCUGGGAUAUAUUAUAUAUGGCUCUAUGUAGAACCCUUUUUGCCUUCCAAAGAACCCUUCUUGCCUUCCAAAGAACCCUUAUUGCCUUCCAAGGAACCCUUCUUGCCUUCCAAAGAACCCUUAUUGCCUUCCAAAGAACCCUUCUUGCCUUCCAAAAAACCCUUAUUGCCUUCCAAAGAACCCUUAUUGCCUUCCAAAGAACCCUUAUUGCCUUCCAAAGAACCCUUAUUGCCUUCCAAAUAACCCUUAUUGCCUUCCAAAGAACCCUUCUUGCCUUCCAAAGAACCCUUAUUGCCUUCCAAAGAACCCUUAUUGCCUUCCAAAGAACCCUUAUUGCCUUCCAAAUAACCCUUAUUGCCUUCCAAAGAACCCUUAUUGCCUUCCAAAGAACCCUUAUUGCCUUCCAAAGAACCCUUCUUGCCUUCCAAAGAACCCUUAUUGCCUUCCAAAGAACCCUUAUUGCCUUCCAAAUAAUCAUCAAAGAACCCUUUCUUCCAAAUACGGUUCUUAGAAUGUUAAAGGUUCUAGGUAGAACCCUUUGCCUUACAAAGAACCCUUGUCUUCCAAAAAGGGUUCUUCUGAUCAAAAGACUUCUUGGUAGAACCCUAUCCCUCCACAAAGAACCCUUUUGGAACCCUUUUUCUAAGACUGUAGCUGAGUAAGAGUUUAUAUUAAAUGUAGCUGAGUAAGAGUUUAUAUUAAAUGUAGCUGAAUAAGAGUUUAUAUUAAAUGUAGCUGAAUAAGAGUUUAUAAUAAAUGUAGCUGAAUAAGAGUUUAUAUUAAAUGUAGCUGGGUAAGAGUUUAUAUUAAAUGUAGCUGAAUAAGAGUUUAUAUUAAAUGUAGCUGAAUAAGAGUUUAUAUUAAAUGUAGCUGAAUAACAGUUUAUAUUAAAUGUAGCUGGGUAGGAGUUUGUAUUAAAUGUAGCUGAAUAAGAGUUUAUAUUAAAUGUAGCUGGGUAAGAGUUUAUAAUAAAUGUAGCUGAAUAAGAGUUUAUAUUAAAUGUAGCUGGGUAAGAGUUUAUAAUAAAUGUAGCUGAAUAAGAGUUUAUAUUAAAUGUAGCUGAAUAAGAGUUUAUAUUAAAUGUAGCUGAAUAAGAGUUUAUAAUAAAUGUAGCUGAAUAAGAGUUUAUAUUAAAUGUAGAUGAAUAAGAGUUUAUAUUAAAUGUAGCUGAAUAAGAGUUUAUAUUAAAUGUAGCUGAAUAAGAGUUUAUAUUAAAUGUAGCUGAAUAAGAGUUUAUAAUAAAUGUAGCUGAAUAAGAGUUUAUAAUAAAUGUAGCUGAAUAAGAGUUUAUAUUAAAUGUAGCUGGGUAAGAGUUUAUAUUAAAUGUAGCUGAAUAAGAGUUUAUAUUAAAUGUAGCUGAAUAAGAGUUUAUAUUAAAUGUAGCUGAAUAAGAGUUUAUAAUAAAUGUAGCUGAAUAAGAGUUUAUAAUAAAUGUAGCUGAAUAAGAGUUUAUAUUAAAUGUAGCUGAAUAAGAGUUUAUAAUAAAUGUAGCUGAAUAAGAGUUUAUAUUAAAUGUAGCUGGGUAGGAGUUUAUAUUAAAUGUAGCUGAAUAAGAGUUUAUAUUAAAUGUAGCUGAAUAAGAGUUUAUAAUAAAUGUAGCUGAAUAAGAGUUUAUAUUAAAUGUAGCUGAAUAAGAGUUUAUAUUAAAUGUAGCUGAAUAAGAGUGUAUAAUAAAUGUAGCUGGGUAAGAGUUUAUAAUAAAUGUAGCUGAGUAAGAGUUUAUAAUAAAUGUAGCUGGGUAGGAGUUUAUAUUAAAUGUAGCUGAAUAAGAGUUUAUAUUAAAUGACACAUCUUGUACAUAAUCCUUAUAAGGAUCCAUUCUUCCCACAGGCACAUGAAUGCACACACGUGCGUAGACACAUACAAACACAAACACACACACACGUACAAACUAAUCCACGUUUGCUUGCGGGUUCAUACCUUUCUCAUUCAGUCUCUCUCUCUCUGUCUCUUUCUCUCUGUCUCUCUCUCUCUCUGUCUCUCUCUCUCGGUCUCUCUCUCUCUCUCUGUCUCUCUCUCGCUCGAUCUGUUUGCUCUGUCGCCUUCUUAGUGUAGACCUCUCUCUCUGCCUAUAUCUCUCUGUCUCUCUGCUCUCUCUCUCGUCUUCUGUCUCGGUCUCUUCUCGUAACACUCUCUCUGUGUCUACUUCUUUCUCUCUCUCUGCUUUCUCUCUCUCUGUCGCUCUCCUCUCCUCGCUCUCUUUAAUCUCUCUCUCCUCUCUCUCGCUCUCUCUCUGUGUGCUCGCUCGCUCUCUCUCUGUCUCUCUCUCUCGCUCUCUCUUUAAUCUCUCUCUUGUCUCUGUCUCUCUCUGUCUCUGUCCUCUCUCUCUUCCUCCUGUCGUCUCGUCUCUCUCUCUCUCUGUCUCUGUCUUCUCUCUCUCUGUCCCUCUCUGUCUCUCCUCUCUCUCUUCUCGCUCUCUUUAUCUCUCUGCUUCUCUCUCUCUCUCUCCUCUGUCUCUGUCUCUCUCUGUCUAUGUCUCCUCUUCUCUCUCUCUCUCCUCGUCUCUCUUCUCAUCUCUCUCUCGCUUCUCUCUCUCUCCUCCUCUGUCCUCUCUCUCUCUCUGUCCCUUCCCCGCUCCAGGCGAUCAUGUUUUGAGAUAGGGUAUGGUCAGAACCUGGUGACAGGAGGAGACAACGGGGUGGUGGAGGUGUGGCAGGCCUGUGACUUCAAACAGCUCUACAUCUACCCAGGGUGUGACGCUGGCAUCCGCGCCAUGGACCUGUCCCAUGACCAGAGGUGGGUAGGACAUCAGUCCUUUGGUGUUUCUGUUCUGAUCCAGACUGGCAUUGUCAUGCUGGUCUGUAGUGGUCUGAUGUGGUCUCUUCCUUAUGUAUAUUUAUGUGGUCAUCUGAAGCUCAGUUGGUAGAGCAUGGCGUUUGCCACGCCAGGAUAGUUGGUUUCGAUUCCCGGGACCACCCAUACGUAAAAUGUAUGCACGCAUGGAUAAAAGCAUCUGUUAAAUAUAUUAUGGUCUGACGUGGUCUCUCUGUCUGUCUUCAGGACUCUGAUCACUGGCAUGGCGUCUGGCAGCAUCGUAGCUUUCAACAUCGACUUCAACCGCUGGCACUACGAACACCAGAACAGGUACUGA